AUGAAGACUUUCGACGCAUCACAGCAGGAUCCUAGCCAGCAUGAUGCGGCAGAGGCGCCAGAGCAGCAAGAUCCCACGCUUGCCGCCCCAGAUGAGCCUAGGCCUGGCAGCCCACUCAUGCCCGCCUCACCGCCUGCCCAGCACAGCAGCGACCUCGAGCCAGACUCACCUCCAAGGCCCCAAAAGCGGCGGGCGCGGGGCAAGACGGCUGAGGAGAGGGCGGAAGCCGCUGCAGCAAAGGAAGUAGAGAAGCAGGAAAAGAAGGCAGCCAGAGAGCGCGCAAAGCAAGAGAAGGCUGCACAGAAGGAGGAGGAAAAGCAACGAAAGGCUCAAGAGCGGCUGGACAGGCAGCGAGAAAACGGCAAGAGCGCGCUGGAGGACAUUCUGCCGGUGUUGUGCCCGGCGGCGAUGAACCAUGCGACCACGCUGCGCAUCAUGGAGCGACUCAUCGCCGACGAGUACCGCUACGAGGUAAACCUGGGCGGGCCGCUGCCGCUCGGGCCGGCGCUGCGGUCCCUCACUUGGAAACGCCGCGUGUACCGCCGCAGCGCAGACGGAGAGGCCUCGCAGGCACGCCCUGCCAGCCCAGCUAAUAAUAUCUCCCAGCACCCCAGCUGA